AUGGGUGUCUACCGCAUCCUCUCCACCGGGGUUUCCUUGUACGCGGGCUCCAACAAUCUGGUGCAGCUGUGGCUGGUCGGCCAGCAUGGGGAGGCGGCGCUCGGGGCGCUGCUACGACCCUCCCGGGACAAGGUGGAGGAAUUCACGGUGGAUGUGUCAGAGUACCUUGGGCCACUGCUGUUUGUCAAACUGCAAAAAUGGCACUAGGAUGAUGCCUGGUUCUGCAACUGGAUCUCUGUGCAGGGCCCUGGGAAUGGAGGGGCCGAGUACAGGUUCCCUUGUUACUGCUGGGUGCAGGGCAAAGGCAUCCUGAGCCUUCCUGAAGGCACUGGAUGCACGGUGGUUGAGGACACUCAAGGAUUGUUCAAGAAACACAGGGAAGAGGAGCUGAAGGAGAGAAAGAAGCUAUACUGGUGGGGUAAUUGGAAGGAUGGCUAUCUGAAUGUAGCUGGGUCAAUUUAUCUGACCCCUGUAGAUGAGCGAUUUCUGGAGGACAAGCAAAUUAACUUCGACACUUCAUUGAUUGUGGGGCUGGCAAACUUUGCUGUGAAAAUACCUAUAAAUAUUAUGAGUUGAUGGAAUGAUCCUGAUGACUUCAAGUGCAUUUUCAAGUGUGGCCACAGCAAGCUGGCUGAGAGGGUUUGGGACUCCUGGAAGGAGGACCCAUUUUUUGGGUACCAGUUUCUGAAUGGCGCCAACCCCAUGCUACUGAGACACUCUGCUUGCCUCCCUGCUCACCUAGUGUUCCCUCCAGGGAUGGAGGAGCUGCAGGCCCAGCUGGAAAAGGAGCUCCAGGGAGGCACACUGUUUGAAGCUGACUUCUCCCUGCUGGAUGGGAUCAAGGCCAAUGUCAUCCUUUUUAGGCAGCAGUACCUGGCUGCCCCUCUGGUCAUGCUGAAACUGCAAUCUGAUGGGCACCUUCUACCCAUGGCCAUCCAGGUGAGAGGUCCUAGGAUUUCUCCAUCCCCCCCACCAAUUUUCCUGCCCACAGACCCCCAAUAGUCUGGCCUGGCCAAAUGCUGGGUCCACAGUGCUGACUUUCAGCUCCACGAGCUGCAGUCUCAUCUUCUGAGAGGCUUGAUGGCUGAGGUCCUUGCUGUGGCCACCAAGAGGUGUCUUCCAUCUGUACAUCCAAGUCUAUAA